AUGAGGCUGUGGUCCCCUUUUGGACUCGAGGCCCCGCCCGGCCGGCGCUGGUGUCGCAGCUGCGGAACGCCUUAUCUCGCGCGGGGCCAGCGGCGCUUGGGCCCUUUCGCUGCGGAGGCGCCGCCGCGGCCCCAGGGUGGCGUGGAGACGGCGGCGAGCGCGGCGGGCGGGCCGCAGACGCGCUCCGAACGCCGCGGCGAGCGCACGUGCUGCACCCCGCCUCGAACCACGCACCCCCUUGCGCGACUCGUCUUCAUAUUCCCGAGCGCUCUACAUUCGACAACGAUCGGCCUAAGCAACGGACCUUCGAUUUGUAAUAGACAUCCGAGUGCUAGAACCACAGUGAACUCGUACAUUGUGCUCAACUCGAUCGACUCUACGCCAGUUAUG